UUCAGCGGCAAAAGACAAAGUUCUUCGAAGCAGUCAAGCCCAGGACUGCUUGCAGGAAUAUUUGGAGGCAGCAGAAAACAAAGUUCGUCAAACAGAAACCAAGGAUGGUGGCAAGAUUUUACACCACUUGGUUGGUUCGGCAGAAGGAAACAGACUGACGACAGCCCAAAUUGGAUGAAAAGAUUAUUCGAGAUGCCGAUGGAGCUCGUAGAAAGAGUGAAAGAAGCGUUUUCUAGAAAGAAUUCUCAAAAUAAUAACCGCUAUCAAUGGCCGUUCCAGAGUAAUGCUGGUUCUUACCAACAGCAGCCUCCCCAACAACCUCAGCAGAAUCCAGGAGCAGCCGUAUAUUUAUAUGCUCCCGCUCCUCCACCACCAAAUCAAGGAAAUGGACAGUCUGUGAGUAUUAGUUUCUUAGAACAAAAUUUUAAGUCUUUUUAUUUUAUAUGCAAGCAUUUACUUUCCUUUCUCUUUCAGGGUCCUCAGCCAUAUCCAGCAUAUGGACCGCCUCCUCCACCACCAUAUGGACCAUAUGGACCACCUCUUCCUCCACCCAGUGGAAAUGAUCAACCUUCUUCCGUAUCAUUUGGAAUAUAUGGACAACCUGGUCCUCAGCCAUAUCCAGCAUAUGGACAGCCUCCUCCGCCACCAUAUGGACCAUAUGGACCACCUCCUCCUCCUCCACCCAGUGGAAAUGAUCAACCUUCUUCCGCAUCAGUAGGAAUAUAUGGACCACAAGAUCCUCAGCCAUAUCCAGGAUACGGACAGCCUCCUCCUCCUCCACCCAGUGGAAAUGAUCAACCUACUUCGGUAUCAGCUGGAAUAAAUGCACCACCUCCUCCACCACCUCCUGGUGGAAGUCAACCUCCUCCAUCACCACCUGCCGGAAGUCAACCUCCUCCUCCACCACCUGCCGGAAGUCCAUCUCCUCCUCCACCACCUUUUGAAAGUCAGGAACCUGCACCAUAAACCUGACCAUUCAACCUGGGAAAUACACUCAGAUUGACAAGCUGGAUCCGCUGAGAACAAUCUUCAGUGCCUGCCGCUACGCUUUCCUUCUACAAAUUUCAUAACUUUAUUACCAAUCAGGUUUCAUAAUGUGAACCAUAACUUCCUUUUAACCUGUCUGCUAACUGUAGUUCUUUCUGUUGAUUUUGGGUGCCUUUACUGUAACCCAGGGUAAGGGAAGACUCGUGAACACUGGUUGCUUUGCCGUAAAAUAAAAAAUAUGUUAUUACAUCACAACACUUUGCCUUUUUAAUUGUAUUGCUGCAAAAUUAAUUGAUUCACAAGUUGAAGACAUUGUGUACCCCGUUCUAAUGCUGUGGCCUUUGUGUCAGGUAGAAACUCACCACUCUGGAAAAAAAGCCAUAUAUAUUUUGAAGCGCUUACUCCCACCAUCCUUUCCCCCCAGGUCUCUUGUUAUUAUUUUUUAGAAAAAAAUAUAAGCAAUCAUUACACAUGACACAAUACCAUUAGCUUAAGGAAAUAACAACAAAUCACAAUUGAAUCCCAUGUGGCUUCCCUCAGAUCUUACAUCAAAUUGCCAAAAUGUCUACAAGGCCUUCUCUCUAUAUUCUGUGCAGCAUAAGCCCAUUUAUUCUAUAUUCAACUAUAUUCUGUGCAGCAUAAGCCCAUUUAAAUUGGUCUGACUUUGAAUACAACCCUUGAUUUCUUUCCACAAAUGUUUUGAAUGCAGCAAUCUUUAAUAUUAUUAUUAUUAAUAAUUGUAUACUGCCCUACACCUGCAGGCCUCACAACAUAAAAUCACAAUAUAAAAACAGAAAAUACAUAAUAAAAAUAAACAAGAAAAACCCAAUAAUCCUCCCUUCUGUCACACAUUUUUAUCGGGUAUCAGAUAUCAAUCAGCCAAUCGGGCCUGGUUAAAGAAGAUUUUUGACCGGCGUCAAAAUAUAUAAUGAAGGCACCAGCUAAACCUCUCUGGAGAGAGCAUUCCAUGUUACUUAUUAACAAAAAAAUUCCUAGUCUUUAUUUAUUUACUAUAUUUCUAUACUGCAUUCACCAGAAAUGGUCUCAGAGUGAUGGACAACAAAAUAAGGCGAUAUAUACAAGCGAACAUAAGGAAGAAACAUUCUCACAAAUUACGCAAAUGAUGUUGCAUUGUUUUACAGUCAAGUGACUCAAAACGGCUCACAUGGUAAAAACAAAAUAACAAAUAACACAAUUAACAGUGGUGAAGGUCAAAUAUGUCUUCACCUUUCGACCCCCCCUCCCCCCCAAAAAAACACCUGACAGAAAAGGUGUUGUUUUUAAAUCUGAUGUCUCAAUGAAUAUAAAGUGAGGGAGAGGUGUGCUUCUAUAUUAAGACACGAACCACUAGCCUAAGCCUCGGCCGUUGAGCUUAAUUUUGUUGAUAAUAAUUUUAUUUAUUUCACACUUCUCAUCUGAAGUAGUCAAAAGAGCUUGUGAUUAAAAUUGACAAAAAACGCUCAUGUGGCUCAGCCGCUUGUGAGGGACCUGGUGCAACUGCAGAAGAGGGCUGAGGGAAGGCUUCUCCCUCAGAAGAUUUUGGAGGGAAUCCUGAGGAGAUUCUGAGGAGACUUGAAGGCCCGAGAGAGAGGAGGGAGCCUGAGGAGAUUCGAGAGAGGGAAGGAAGGGAAAUGAAAUGUCUACGGAGGGCUAUGGAGGAGAGAGUAGCCUCCAUCCUCUGCCCUGUCUCCCUCAGCGGCCAGGGAGUGCAACAGAGCUUGGGGUUGAGACUGUGUGGAGCCAGAAACAAGUCUGAGAGAGACUUUUAAUGGCUCACGUUUGACUUAGCUACAUUAUUGCAGUCCGUCCACAUCUGUUGCUUCGAGACUUCCCAGGUUUGGGGGGGACCGGGGGAAUGUUUUUUACAUUUUACAUGAAAUGUCCAGGUUUUUGUGGUUGGUUGAUUUUAUUAUUAUUAUUUACAUUUUGAGGCUGUGCCAAAGUGGAAGGGUGGGCUGGAUCCUUUUGGGUAAGGGAUCAGGCAGACAGUGAACAGCAAUCGCCCCCCCCCCCCAAAGCUCCACAACC